CAGGACGCUCGCGACAUGGUACCUGUUGGGCCAGGAUCGGGACUUCCCACGGCCCGGUAUCGGUAUGCCCACGGAUCUCACGAGGAAUCACGGGAUUGUCGACGCGAGGAACUCCAGUUUCCGGUCAACACUGUUCGACGGUGCCGUCGAGGGUCACGUUCUGGUCAAGAACACCCGAAACGCCCUGCCGCUGAGAGAACCAAAGAUGCUGUCUGUUUUCGGUUACUCGGCCAAGAACCCGGACCACAACAAUCCCUCACCCGGCCAAUCGCCCUGGCUCUGGGGCUCCGAGUCCUUCAACUACACCGAGUUCGGCGGCCGCUUCUUUGGUCUCCCCGGCGAGUAUGGCUCCACGCCCAUCGCCUUCAACGGCACCAUCUACUCGGGUGGCGGGUCCGGGGCCACGUCGCCGGCCGCCAUGGUCUCCCCCUUUGACGCGCUGGUCCAGCGGGCAUACGACGACGGCACGGCCCUCUUCUGGGACUUUGUCAGCGGAGAGCCCUUCGUCAAUCCCGCGUCGGACGCCUGCCUGGUUUUCGGCAACGCUUAUGCCACCGAGGCCGCCGACCGACCCGGGGCGCGCGACGACUACACCGACGGCCUGAUCAGGCACGUCGCAGACCGCUGCGCCAACACGAUCGUCGUCAUCCACAAUGCGGGGAUCCGCCUGGUCGACCAGUUCAUCGACCACCCCAACGUGACGGCCCUCCUGUUCGCGCACCUGCCCGGGGAGGCAUCCGGGCGCGCGCUGGUGUCGCUGCUGUACGGGGACGAGAACCCGUCGGGCAAGCUGCCGUAUACGGUGGCGCGCAACGAGUCGGACUAUCCCGUGCUGGGCCCGGACGUGGCGGCCGAGGGGAGCAUGUUCGCGCGGUUCCCGCAGAGCAACUUCACCGAGGGCGUGUUCCUGGACUAUCGGCACUUUGACGCGCGGAACAUCACGCCGCGGUACGAGUUCGGGUUCGGGCUGAGCUAUACCACGUUUGCCUACGACAACCUGGUGGUGGAAAAGGUGGCCUCCGCAGGACGGCUCGGCGAGUAUCCGACGGGACGGGUCGUCGAGGGCGGCCAGGAGGACCUGUGGGAUGUGCUGGUGGAGGUGUCGGCCGAGGUGACCAACACCGGGAAGGUGGCCGGCGCCGAGGUUGCGCAGCUGUACGUGGGGAUCCCCGCGGAGGGGGCGCCGGUGAGGCAGCUGAGGGGCUUCGAGAAGCCGUUCCUGAACGCGUCGGCGACCGCGACCGUCCGGUUCCCGUUGACGAGGAGGGACCUGAGCGUGUGGGAUGUGGUGGCGCAGAAGUGGCGGCUUGUCAGGGGUCGUGAGUAUAAGAUCGAGGUGGGCGGCAGCAGCAGGGACUUGCCGCUCGUUGGGACGGUUACGAUCUGAAGGUGUUUUCUCGUCGGUGCCGGGGGGUUAGGAGUUUGCUUGUAUUUUUCCCCCUUUCUCUCCUUUAUCUUAUUUUUACUCUAUUUCCUUUUUUCUGUCAUCUUGUUUCCCAGGGAUUGGUAUAUCAUGAGACGGAACGGACAUUUAUUUCUUAAUGUAUGGCGACAGAUAUGUUUUUUUUUUUCCUUCUUGAUUACGAAGCGAGCAUAGAAU